AUGGACAACUCGAUGGAAACAGACGAGAUCGAGCCUCGUGGAACUAAACGAACGGCAUCUGAUGCUGGACUUGCCUCGAGCCAGACGCGCCGCAUCAGGGCUCUGGAUCCCGAUGUUGUUAACAAAAUCGCCGCCGGCGAAAUCAUCGUCGCGCCAAUGCAUGCGCUUAAAGAGCUCAUUGAGAAUGCUGUCGACGCAGGAUCAACAUCUAUUGAAAUUCUAGUCAAAGAUGGCGGUUUGAAACUUCUACAAAUUACCGAUAAUGGCUACGGAAUUGAUGUGGAUGAUCUACCCAUCUUGUGCGAGAGAUUCACGACUUCCAAACUAAAAGAGUUCGAAGACUUGACGUCUAUCGGCACUUAUGGAUUCCGGGGCGAGGCCCUGGCUAGUAUCAGCCAUAUUGCUCAUCUCACUGUCACAACUAAAACAGCCAAUUCAAGCUGCGCAUGGAGAGCGCACUAUAGUGACGGAAAACUCGUCCCAGCCAAACCGGGUCAGAGUGCCAAACCAAAACCUACAGCUGGGCGCGGGGGAACUCAGAUUACUGUUGAAGAUCUAUUCUACAACGUACCAACAAGGCGUCGAGCGUUCCGCUCAGCCAGCGAGGAAUACGCAAAGAUUCUGGAUGUGGUCGGUCGAUAUGCCGUUCACUGCUCUGGAGUCGCGUUCUCUUGUAAAAAGCACGGUGAUUCCGGAGUCAGCAUUUCAACUGCGUCGAGUUCGUCUACGAUCGACCGAGUGCGGCAAAUACAUGGUAGUGCCGUGGCCAAUGAACUCAUCGAUUUCAACAUCGAAGAUACAAAACGACUAGGCUUCAAAGCAUCAGGCAUGGUAACAAACGCCAACUAUCACGUCAAAAGAACCGUCAUCCUUCUCUUCAUUAAUCAUCGCUCUGUCGAGUCAUUGGCGCUGAAGAAGGCACUGGAGCAGACAUAUUCAACCUUCCUCCCCAAGGGCGGCCACCCAUUUGCCUACAUCGACCUCGAAAUCGAGCCUAACCGAGUUGAUGUCAACGUGCAUCCGACUAAGCGGGAGGUGAACUUUCUCAACGAAGACGAAAUCAUCGAGGCUAUAUGCAGCGAGAUCAGGUCACAACUCGCGCAGGUGGAUUCCAGUCGCACAUUCAUGACCCAGACUCUUUUACCAGGAAUUGCGAGGGUUCCUGAAUUGCAGCAACAGACUGAUACCCCCCACACACCGAUCCGCAAGACUGGCCCAUCACCGAGUCAGAAAACAUAUGAGAACAGCCUCGUCCGCACGGACUCGCGGAUGCGCAAAAUCACGUCAAUGCUGCCAUCAGUCACCCCCAGUCACCACCACAGCGGAGCUGGAGCUGUAUCCACAGACCUCGCCGGUGCGAGACCAGAAGUCGCAGACGAUGGGCUUCAUUACGAGACCACAGAUCGAGAAGCUCUCCGCAUCGGCCUCAGCUCGGUCAAACGUCUACGCGCAGCAGUACGCUCCGAAAUGCACAACGGACUCACGGAGCUCUUCUCCACGCAUUCCUAUGUCGGCCUCGUCGACGAACGCCGCCGCAUCGCCGCUCUGCAAGCUGGUGUAAAACUAUACCUCGUUGACUACGGCAUGACCCUAGCCGAAUUCUUCUAUCAGAUCGGAUUAACCGAUUUCGGCAACUUCGGCGUCAUAAAACUGGACCCACCCCCCACGCUGACGGAGUUGAUGAAACUCGGUGUCGAUAUCGAGCGAGAAGAGCAUCAAAGCUCUGGCUCUAUAUCUACUGAGGAAGAUGAAGAAAUCUUUACAAAAGCACCCGACAUAGUCACCAAAACGCUCAUCGAACGCCGCGACAUGCUCGAUGAAUAUUUCUCAAUAAAGAUAACCGAACAAGGUGAACUGUUAACCAUACCUCUUCUUCUCAAGGGCUAUGUCCCAUCGUUGGCUAAACUGCCGCGAUUUCUGCUCAGGUUGGGACCGUAUGUGAACUGGGGUAGCGAGGAGGAGUGUUUCCGCACAUUUCUUCGCGAGCUUGCUGCGUUUUAUACUCCAGAACAAUUACCUACACCACCGUCAGGAGAAGCAGGCUCGGUGGAAGACGAGAGUGUUUCAAGUCGCCGCGUACAGCUUGCGCAAAUGCUGGAGCAUGUUCUUUUCCCUGGGGUUCGGGCUAGACUUGUUGCCACGGAGGCGUUGCUUAAUGCUGUCGUUGAAGUGGCGGACCUUAAGGGGCUGUACCGAGUUUUUGAGAGAUGCUAA